AUGUCCCGGCGGAAGCAGAGCAAACCCCGGCAGAUCAAACGGCCGCUAGAAGACGCCAUCGAAGAGGAAGAAGAAGAGUGUCCAUCCGAGGCAACAGAUAUCAUCUCCAAAGGAGACUUUCCAUUGGAGGAAAGCUUUUCCACAGAAUUUGGGCCUGAAAAUCUGAGCUGUGAAGAAGUGGAAUUCUUUUGUAACAAAGGUGAUGAAGAAGGUGUCCAGGAAACAGCGGAGUCAGAUGGGGACACACAGCCAGAGAAGCCGGGGCAGCCUGGAGUGGAGACAGGUGACUGGGAUGGACCAGGAGAGCUGGAGGUCUUUCAGAAAGAUGGGGAACGGAAAAUUCAGAGUCGGCAGCAACUUCCUGUGGGAACGACGUGGGGCCCAUUCGCUGGGAAGAUAGACCUGAAUAAUAAUUCCCUGAAGACAAAGGCGCAAGCCCCCAUGGUGCUGACUGCUGGUCCCAAGUGGCUGCUGGAUGUGACUUGGCAAGGGGUGGAGGACAACAAAAACAACUGCAUUGUGUACAGCAAAGGGGGUCAACUUUGGUGCACAACAACGAAGGCCAUCUCAGAGGGCGAAGAGCUAAUUGCCUUUGUGGUGGAUUUUGACUCAAGGCUCCAAGCUGCCAGUCAGAUGUCUCUUACAGAAGGGAUGUACCCUGCCCGCCUGCUGGACUCAAUUCAGCUGCUUCCUCAACAAGCCGCCAUGGCUUCUAUUUUGCCUACAGCUAUUGUCAAUAAGGAUAUAUUCCCUUGCAAGUCCUGUGGCAUCUGGUAUCGGAGUGAGCGGAACCUGCAAGCCCAUUUGAUGUACUAUUGCAGUGGGAGGCAAAGGGAAGCUGCUCCAGUGUCAGAAGAAAGCGAAGACAGUGCUGCUCAGACUUCCAGCCUGUGUCCCUUCCCACAAUGCACCAAGAGUUUCUCAAACGCCCGGGCUCUAGAAAUGCACCUGAAUUCACACAGUGGAGUGAAAAUGGAAGAAUUCCUCCCCCCUGGUGCUAGUCUGAAGUGCACCGUCUGUAGCUACAAUGCUGAUUCUGUGAUCAACUUUCACCAGCACCUGUUCUCCCAUCUCACUCAAGCUGCCUUCCGCUGCACUCACUGCCACUUCGGCUUCCAGACUCAGAGAGAGCUUCUGCAGCACCAGGAGCUCCAUGUCCCUGGGGGCAAACUUCCCCGAGAAAGUGACCUGGACCACUCCCCCAGCGGAACUGAGGACAGCUUACCGCCAGCCACGGACUUGUUAGCCAGAAGCGAACUCCCCCAGAGCCAAAAGGCCAUGCAGACUAAAGACGCCAGCUCUGACACCGAGCUGGACAAGUGUGAGAAAAAGACUCCGCUCUUUCUCACAAACCAGAGGCCAGAGAUCCAGCCGGCAACAACUAAGCAAAGCUUUUCCUACACGAAAAUCAAGUCUGAGCCUUCGAGUCCAAGACUUGCCUCCUCUCCCGUGCAGCCUAACAUGGGGCCUUCUUUCCCGGUGGGUCCUUUCCUCUCUCAGUUUGCUUUCCCCCAAGAUAUCACCAUGGUCCCUCAGGCUUCAGAGAUCUUAGCCAAGAUGUCCGAGCUGGUGCACCGGCGCCUGAGGCACGGAAGCAGCAGCUACCCUCCAGUCAUCUACAGCCCCUUGAUGCCCAAGGGGGCCACUUGCUUUGAGUGUAACAUAACCUUUAACAAUCUGGAUAACUACCUAGUGCACAAGAAGCAUUACUGCAGCAGCCGAUGGCAGCAGAUGGCCAAGUCCCCCGAGUUCCCUGGGGUUGCAGAAAAGAUGCCCGAGGCCCUGAGCCCCAACACCGGCCAGACCUCCCUGAACCUCCUCAACCCGGCCGCUCACGCUGCCGAUCCCGACGGGAACCCACUCCUCCCAACAUCCUGCAUCAACUCCUCCUCCGUGGUCUUAGAUUUAAUCGGGCCCAACGGGAAGAGCCACGACAAGGACUUCUCUGCUCAGGCCAAGAAGCUCUCCACCACUUCCAGCAGCAACGACGACAAGAUGAACGGGAAACCCGUGGAUGCAAAAACCCCCUUGGUGGACGGGGAGAGCGACCCCAACAAGACCACCUGCGAGGCCUGCAACAUCACCUUCAGCCGGCACGAGACCUACAUGGUCCACAAGCAGUACUACUGCGCCACCCGCCACGACCCGCCGCUCAAGAGGUCGGCCUCCAGCAAAGUGCCCGCCAUGCAGAGGACCAUGCGCACACGCAAGCGGAGGAAGAUGUACGAGAUGUGCCUCCCCGAGCAGGAGCCGAGGCCCGCGCUGGUCCAGCAGCAGCGCUUCCUGGACGUGGCCAGCCUCGGCAAUCCAUGCACCUCCUCCGCCCAGGAGCCCCCCGACGGGCUCGGGGAGUGCUACCACCCACGAUGCGACAUCUUCCCGGGCAUCGUCUCCAAGCACCUGGAGACGUCCUUGACCCUCAACAAGUGCGUCCCUGUCUCCAAAUGUGACGCCCCAGCUCAUUCCAGCGCGUCCUGCCUGGAGAUGGACGUGCCCAUGGACCUCAGCAAGAAGUGCUUAUCCCAGGCCGAGCGGACCACCGCGUCCCCCAAGAGGCUGCUGGACUACCACGAGUGCACCGUGUGCAAGAUCAGCUUCAACAAGGUGGAGAACUACCUGGCCCACAAGCAGAAUUUCUGCCCGGUCACCGCCCACCAGCGCAACGACCUGGCGGCGCAGCUGGACAGCAGCAAAGCAUUUGCUGGGAACCCGGAGAGCGGGCGCAGCAGCCCAGAUGCCGCCGCCGCCGCCGGCUAUGACCGGAGCAUCCUCAAGUGCGAGAAGAACGGGAGCCUGAAGCAGCCUUCCCCCAACCCCAACGGGAACCUCUUCUCCUCGCACUUGGCCACCCUGCAAGGCCUGAAGGUCUUCAGCGAGGCCGCCCAGCUCAUCGCCACAAAGGAAGAAAGCAAACAUUUGUUCCUGCCGCAAUGCCUUUACCCGGGGGCCAUCAAGAAGGCCAAGGGAGCCGCCGACCAGCUCUCUCCAUAUUAUGGGAUCAAGCCUAGCGAUUACCUUGCAGGCUCUCUGGUCAUCCAUAAUAAUGCCGACCUGGAGCAAGGCACGAAUGCAGAAAAUGAAUCUCCCCCCAAAGGCCAGGCUGCCUCCAACGGGUGCACGGCGCCCAAGAAGGACUCCCUGCCUUUGCUGCCCAAAAACAGAGGCAUGGUCAUCGUCAACGGGGGACUGAAGCCAGAUGAGAGACCUGCCCCCGCCACCAACCCGCAGCAGGAGAACAUUUCCCAGAAUCCCCAGCACGAAGAGGGCCACAAAUCUCCCUCCUGGAUCUCGGAGAACCCUUUGGCCCCCAAUGAGAACGAAUCCCCAGGAGUGCCCUCUGCGGAGGAACAGUUGUCCAGUAUAGCGAAGGGGGUGAACGGCUCCAGCCAGGCUCCCACCAGCGGCAAGUACUGCCGGCUGUGUGACAUCCAGUUCAACAACCUCUCGAACUUUAUAACCCACAAGAAGUUUUAUUGCUCGUCACAUGCAGCGGAACACGUCAAAUGA